CCCUCGUGUCUUUCUUAAUUUUAUUCAUUAUUAAUCUCUUUCUUUUUCUUUCUUCGUUUUCUUUGCUUAUCAAAGUUAAUUUAGUCUAAAACCGUAUAAGUUGUAUAGAAUGAACGAGGUUAGUAUGUGUGCUUUUAGCAUUUCUCAUCAAUAUGCUCGAAAUUCAAGUUUUAGUUGUCUUAACUCUUGUUUAACGGAACAGUGGGGCGAUUUGCCCUUGAAAGUUGAUGACUCUGAGGACAUGAUCAUCUACAACUCCCUUCACGAAGCUCUUAACUUUGGUUGGUCUCCGUCGGAUUUAACGGUGGUAGCUGCCGUUAAAGCCGAGCCUGAGGUGAUGACGCCAGUAAACCCAAUGGGGUUGACUCAACCUGUAGCUGCUGCAACUCAAAUGUUAUUUGGAAGCGCUUUCAUGGGACUAAGUAGUGAAAAUGGAAGCACUUUCUUUAUGGGAAAACAGGAAAAGUGCGUUCGAAAUAGGAAUCAGAAAGUGGUUAAGGGGAGACAUUACAGGGGAGUUAGGCAAAGGCCAUGGGGGAAAUUCGCGGCAGAGAUCAGAGACCCGGCUAAGAAUGGGGCAAGAGUUUGGCUGGGCACUUACGAGACUGCUGAGAAAGCUGCUUUGGCUUAUGAUCAAGCGGCUUAUAAAAUUCGUGGUUCCAGGGCUUUGCUUAAUUUCCCACAUAGGAUUGGCAACAAUGAGUCUGAGCCUGUCAGAGUCACCGGUAAGCGCCGGGAACAUGAGCCGACCUUGUACAAAAGUUCUUCUCCUAAGAGAAGGAAAAGCUUGGCAGGUAACCAGACCGAGUUGGAGAGAGACAGGGGAUUGACUAUGUUUCAAUUGGGACAUGAAAUGCCGCCAAUGCCUGUUGGGGAACGGUUAUUGGUGAAUUAAAAGCCUUCUUUUUUCUCUGUUUGUUUGUUGUGCGACGACAGUGUGAAUAGAAAGAGUUAAAACUAAACUAUACGAGCUUUUAACUUUUGAGUGCAUUAAAAGUCUUUGCUUUUUGUUUCAAAGAUCUA